AUGAGCGAUGCAAGCAAUUCCACCCACGACCCUGGCCGUGAUGGCGGGGCCCCAAGCUACAGAGCUUCAACCGACAAGCCUCAUCCCUCCGAGUUUCUCGAGUUCGUCACGGUCCCGGGACAACCAGGUGCAUGCCGCCUUGAACCUUUAAAGGCACAGAAUGAGCGGGACACCGCCAAAUCUCCCGCAGAGGACCGAAUACACAUUACACAAUCCAACGAUGAUCUGUUCCAUGGCCUCUCUGCGGCCAUUCCUGGCCUGCGCAGGUUGUCAGUCGAGGCUCGAGCUGCUACAAAGGCCGAACAUGCGAUGACAUUCUUGAGGGGCUGUCGGCUAUAUCCGAAAGCAAUCGCAUGGUCGCUGCUCCUAAGCAUGACCAUCGUGAUGGAAGGCUAUGACUUGACCCUGGUCAAUUCUUUCUUUGCAUUUCCAGUCUUUAGGCGCUCUUAUGGCCAGAUCAUCAAUCCACAUGCUCCGUCUGGUCAGCAGGAUUACCAGGUUUCCCCAGCAUGGCAAUCUGGUCUCACCAAUGCAGCCGUUGCCGGCGAAAUUCUGGGCUUGAUGUUUAAUGGCUUUCUCACCGAUCGCUUUGGCUAUCAUAAGACCAUGGUCGGCACUCUGAUUUGGAUGUCUCUGUUCGUGUUUCUUGCCUUUUUUGCGGUCGAUAUCAAGAUGCUCCUCGCAGCGCAGGUUCUAUGCGGUCUCCCUUGGGGAUGCUUCCAGACACUUUCGACCACGUACGCGGCGGAGGUGAUGCCAGUAGCUCUGAGAGCCUACCUUACAUCAAAUGUCAAUAUGUGCUGGCUUAUCGGUCAGCUGGUCGGAGUUAGUGUCAUCCGAGGUCUCGUCCAUAAUAAUUCUGAAUGGUCGUAUCGCAUACCCUUCGGUUUACAAUGGGCGUUCGCGGUUCCUAUUUUGGCGGGCGUGCUCCUCGCACCCGAGAGUCCCUGGUGGCUGGUCCGACAUGAGAAAAUCAGCGAGGCCAAGAAAUCCCUAUUACGACUUACGACCAAAGAUUCCGACCCGGAUUUCAAUGCCGAUGAAACCGUGGCAAUGAUGCAGCACACGAACGAAGUGGAAAAAUACCUGAAUGGCGGCGGCGUGUCAUACCUAGACUGCUUCAAGGGAACCGACCUUCGACGAACGGAGAUAUGCUGCAUGGUGUGGUGUACUCAAGCCCUGUGUGGCAGCUCGAUGACCGGUUUCGCCGCAUACUUUUACGAGCAAGCAGGCUUUGAUACCGCCGACAGCUUCAAUCUGGCCGUCGGCAUGUAUGGGGGCGCGAUCUGUGCGGGAAUUCUAGCCUGGGUUGGAAUGCGCAAGAUCGGCCGACGUACACUGUACCUGGGGGGUUUGGUUGGGUCGUUGAUCAUCCUGAUUGUGACAGGCAUUGUCGGCACCUUCAAGGAGACUGACAGCACUUCUUGGGCACUGGGGUCAUUGAUCAUCGUCUUGACGUUCGUAUACGACUUCACGGUGGGGCCCGUCUGCUAUGUCCUCGUAGCCGAGAUUCCCUCCAGUCGGCUGCGAGUCAAGACAGUGGUCAUCGCCAGAGUGGCCUACAACAUCGUCAGCAUCAUCACCAAUGUCAUCACGCCUCGGAUGCUGAAUCCCUCGGCGUGGGACUGGAAGGGGAAAUCGUGCUUUUUCUUCGCCGGCACGACGCUAUUGUGUUUGGUGUGGUGCUGGUUCCGUCUCCCGGAGCCUAUGGGGUUGACGUACAUGGAGUUGGACAUUUUGUUUGAGAAGAAGGCCAAGGCCAGCAAGUUCAAGGAGUUCCAGGUCAAUCUGGCCGGUACGGGAUACUUUUCUCUCACGCAGACCAGGUCGGACAGUGUGUGGAGAGGAUAUCAAUAG